GGACCGGGACCGAGCACCGAGCCCGCUCCCAGCACCGCGCACCCCAUGCAGGACACCGAGGAGAGCCCCGCGGCCGCCGCGCCGACCGGCGCGCAGGGCCCCGCCGAGGACCCCGAGCACACCGACGCGCCCGCGCCGCCCGCGGAGCCGCCGCCGCAGCAGCAGCAGCAGGAGGAGGAGGAGGAGGAAGAAGAGGAGGAGGAGGAGGAUAAUGAUGAAGGAGGCGAGUCCGAGGCGCCGCCGGGGCCCCCCGAGCCGCCGCCCGCCGAGGAGCCCGAGCAGGAGCAGCCGCCGGCGGAGCCGAAGCCGCCGUCCGGCCGGGAGAGCCCCGCCAAGGCCGAGCCCGAGCCCCAGGUCGAGCCCCAGGCCGGGGCCGAGCCCACGGCGGAGCCCCAGCCCGAGCAGCCGCCGCCGGCCCAGGCCGAGCCCAGCGCGGCGCAGCAGAACGGGGAGGCCGCGCCCGCCGCCCCCGCCGAGCCCGAGGACGAGAUUUCCUUCAGCGACCCCGAGGACUUCGUGGACGACAUCAGCGACGAAGAACUGCUUGGUGAUAUACUGAAAGAUCAGCCCCAGGAGGCAGAUGGGAUAGACUCGGUGAUCGUCGUGGAUAACGUUCCCCAGGUUGGGCCAGACCGACUUGAGAAACUGAAGAAUGUCAUCCAUAAAAUAUUUUCCAAGUUUGGUAAAAUUAUCAAUGAAUUCUACCCAGAAGCAGACGGAAAAACAAAAGGGUACAUCUUUCUGGAGUACAUGUCUCCAUCUCAUGCAGUGGAUGCUGUGAAGAAUGCAGAUGGAUACAAACUGGAUAAGCAGCACACCUUCAGAGUCAACCUUUUCACAGACUUUGAUAAGUACAUGACAAUCAGUGAUGAAUGGGAAAUCCCUGAGAAACAGCCAUUUAAGGAUUUGGGGAAUCUCCGAUACUGGUUGGAAGAUCCUGAUUGUAGGGAUCAGUACAGUGUGAUCUUUGAGUCAGGAGACCGGACCUCCAUUUUUUGGAAUGACAUCAAGGAACCUGUUCAAAUUGAGGACAGAGCAAGAUGGACAGAGACCUAUGUGCGCUGGUCCCCAAAAGGUACCUACCUGGCCACGUUCCACCAGAGAGGCAUCGCCCUGUGGGGUGGAGAGAAGUUCAAGCAGAUUCAGAGGUUUAGUCACCAAGGAGUGCAGCUUAUUGACUUCUCACCUUGUGAAAGGUAUUUAGUGACCUUCAGCCCUUUGAUGGACACACAGGAUGACCCUCAGGCCAUCAUCAUCUGGGAUAUUCUGACUGGCCAAAAGAAGCGAGGAUUCCACUGUGAAAACUCAGCUCACUGGCCUAUUUUUAAAUGGAGUCAUGAUGGUAAAUUCUUUGCUCGAAUGACUUCAGAUACCCUCAGCAUCUAUGAAACACCUUCUAUGGGUUUGUUGGACAAAAAGAGCUUGAAAAUCAAUGGGAUAAGAGACUUCUCAUGGUCUCCAGGUGGUAACAUAAUUGCUUUCUGGGUGCCUGAGGACAAAGACAUCCCAGCAAGAGUGACUUUGAUGCAGCUGCCUUCUAGACAAGAAAUUCGAGUGCGGAAUUUGUUCAAUGUAGUAGAUUGUAAACUGCACUGGCAGAAGAACGGGGACUACCUGUGUGUGAAGGUAGACAGGACUCCCAAAGGCACACAGGGAGUAGUGACCAACUUUGAAAUAUUCCGCAUGAGAGAGAAACAGGUGCCAGUGGAUGUGGUAGAAAUGAAAGAAAGCAUCAUAGCCUUUGCUUGGGAACCAAAUGGAAGCAAGUUUGCUGUGUUGCAUGGAGAAACUCCACGAAUUUCAGUUUCCUUUUACCAUGUUAAAAACAACGGGAAAAUAGAACUCAUAAAAACAUUUGACAAACAGCAGGCGAACACGAUAUUCUGGAGUCCCCAAGGGCAGUUUGUAGUGCUGGCUGGCCUCAGAAGCAUGAAUGGUGCCUUAGCAUUUGUUGAUACGUCCGACUGCACCAUGAUGAACAUCGCGGAACACUACACGGCCUCGGACGUGGAGUGGGAUCCUACGGGCAGAUACAUCGUGACUUCUGUGUCUUGGUGGAGCCACAAGGUGGACAAUGCAUAUUGGUUGUGGACUUUCCAAGGCCGUCUGCUUCAGAAAAACAAUAAAGACAGGUUCUGUCAGCUGCUCUGGAGACCACGACCAGCUACCCUGCUCAGUGAGGACCAGAUAAAGCAAAUUAAGAAGGACCUGAAGAAAUACUCCAAGAUAUUUGAGCAGAAGGAUCGUCUGAGCCAGUCCAAAGCUUCAAAGGAGUUGGUGGAGAGGAGGCGGACGAUGAUGGAGGAGUUCAGGAAGUACCGCAAGAUGGCACAAGAGCUGUACAUGGAGCAGCGCAACGAGCGCCUGGAGCUGCGCGGAGGGGUAGACACAGAUGAGCUGGACAGCAAUGUCGAUGACUGGGAGGAGGAGACUGUGGAAUUUUUUAUCAAUGAAGAAAUUAUUACCCUUGCAGAACCAGAGUAAUUGAUAAAACUGUGCACCACCAGAUCUUGUGCUGAAAAGAAGUUUGUUCAUUUUCUGAAAGGCUAUAUCAACUUUGGAAUUCUUAAUCCAUAUUCUUGCACUCUGGAAGGGUGGAUGCACCAGAUUUUCUCCAUUCUGACACAUUGUAGUGCCUUUAAGUCUUGCUGCCUGCUGCAGUGAGAUACUGGAAAGGCGCUGCUUUUAAAUCUUUAUUCUUUAUUUUUUCUUUUUUUUUUUUUUUUUUUAAGGGUUUGAUUUUUUUUUUCUUUUUAAAUCCACUACUACCAGUAUUUACUUCCUGACCCCUGUGCAGUCCUUACCAGCUGGCAGUUUUUGCCUGUUGCCAGUGGGGUGGGGUUCACCAGUGCACCUCUGUCUCACACGCACCAUGUUCCGGUUUCAGGACUCUUUCCAUGUCCCCAGGGCAUGGACAGGUGUUCAUUUUGGUUGGGGAAAAGUCAGCAGAACCAUUUCUCGUAUGAUGUGUCUUAGUGUGCUGAAGCAGCACUACAGUGGGCUAUAUCCUCCUCCUUUCAGAUUGUGAAAGGAUGCCUCUCCCUCAAAGAGCUGAAUAUGGAAAUAAAAGCAGACCUAUACUAAAACCAGGCUGGCUACGUGUUGUUUGUAGGGAAUCUUUCCCUGGGUGAUCAAAGUCAAACACACCCACAGUAAUAAGAGUGUGUUUGCUAUAAUGACUAUAUGAUUCUUUUGGAUUUUUUUUUAUCUUGGUUCCUCGUAGCUCUUCUGGCUUUGUGUUGUGGUUGGUUUGUUUUUUACAAUGUGGUACAGCUCACUAAUCUGUUAAGUUGACCUGUUCACUCUAAUGGAGUGACUAGAAAAUGACUGGAUUUCUGGAACUCUUUGCAAACUGAUAAAAGCCUCAGGAAUUACUGGGUUAGUGUGUCUUAUUCUUAAACCCUGCAGACUUCCAGAGCAGUGCUCUGUAUGCACAUGCCUUGUACUCCCUGUUACAGUACCUGGUUUCAAUUCCAAAGGCCUCUGUUCUCAGUGAGGGAAACUGUACCUGAAGGUGCUGCAGCAGCUUCUCUGUAUUUGUAUUUAUGAGUAGAAAUUCUUUCCUGGAUAUUGUCAGAGCAGUUAGAGAUUGGCCUGCUCCUUGCCCUUGGAGGGCAGGAGGAGAAUGAGGAUAUUCCUGUCCUCUCUUCUGGACUGGCAUGGGAAGUUGCCUCUUGACUGACUUCCUAAAUGCUGAGCUCACCUGUGUGGCAGUGUGGGAAGCAGAGAGCACCCUCUGGGCACAGGGCAGGCCCAGUGAGCUGCAGGCAGCCCUGGUUCAGGGGUGUUUCAGCACUCAUUUUUCUUUGUCCUCAGGUGAACGUGCUGUGAUAGCAAAUGCACAAAUCCCAUGUCCCCUUCACUGGGAACUUUUCAAAAUGAUUUUUUCCAUAAUCGUGGUAGUGACCUAGCUUCAAUAGUUCACUCUUUAACCAGCAGGUGCUGUUUUUCCAUAAGUCUGUAUUAGUUUCCAGUGUUCUGCAUUUGUUCAUUCAUAAUCCAUAUAAAAUAUGUAGUUGAUUAAAAGUUUUGUCCACAGUAUUUCCCACGCUCAUUUCUCAACUUGACUGGAAAGAAACUUUCUAGAAAAAUUUCUAGAAAAACAGUGAGGAAGAGCUUCUAGCAUGUCAAAGAUCUCUGGUGAUAAUAGAACGAUUUGGCUUGAAAAGGACCUUAAAGAUCAUCCAGUUCCACCCCCCUGCCAUGGGCAGGGUCACCUUCCACUCGACCAGGUUGCUCCAAGCUCCAACCUGGCCUGGAAAAAUUCCAGGGAUGGGACAUCCACCUGAAUUGCUCUGGGCAACCUGGUCCAGUGUCUCACCUCCCUCAAGAAUGAUGGCUUGAACUUACCCAGCAGGAAUCAUUUUUAUUACCCUUUGGUUGUGAAAAGAUGACUUCUCAACCAUUUUCUAAGUCACAAAUUGAGCUGAAAGGUUUUUUUUUCCCCUGUAUCCAUGCAAUGAAGUUUUACUUCUGAUGUUUUAUUCCUGGCUGUUUUCAAAGUAAUGAAAUGUAAUGGUAAUGUCAGAGGAACUGAGUUCUCUUCUAAGAUGCUUCUCUGAAGUGUGAAUCAUCAGUGAGGGAAAAAAAAAAAAAAACAACAAAGAAAAAGCACCCAGAAUUGUUGCUCCUGCAGGAGCUUUGGAAGUUGACCAGGUGUCCUGACCAGCAGCUCAGGCCUUUUCUCACCUGUAACUGGCAUUUCUGACGCUGCUCCUUUCAACUAUUGCGUCUUUUUCUCUUGUGUUCCUUGCUUCAAAUGCUUUUUGCAGAUUGUGCGCUACUGAAAUUGUUUUAUGGGGUUGUAUUAAACCAGUCCCUUUGGCAUGUGUUGUAACAUCACUAGGAGUUGUAGUAGGGAAGAAGAGUCAUCUUGGAUUGAAUCCACGUGCUGUGCAGCUUCACAUUCUCUGCCCCUGGUUUUCAGCCUGUGCCUUUUUAAGGGCUUCAGAAGGAUGGGCAAAGCAGAAGCAGGUUUGUAGGUACUGUCUGGAGCUAUAUGAAGGGUGGGGAAAAAGGCUUCCAACAGCUCUUGUACCUCCACUGAGUGCCCUUAAGGGUCCAGAGUUUGGGUGGGAAGGGAAACAAACCUUAAGCAUUAAGAUAGUAUCUCUCAUUGUUUUUGUUGAAGUAUUGUAUAAAGUAUUUUUAAUGAUUGUUCUUAAAUAGCAAGAUUAACUGGACCAAUUCAUAUAAUCCUGGGCUAGUCUUCACUCUCACAGUCUUUGUUUUGAGUUUGUAAUAAAUAUUCUCAUGACCUCUUAACCACCCAGAGCCCUUAAUGCAAACUUCACAGAACAAAUUUUGUUCACUUCCUAUACUAAGCUUUAACUACUUAAAUUCUAAUAUUUUUGAUAAAGCCUUACUGUAACUUUCAUGAGCUUUGGCUCAUUUACUGUCAAUAAAUAAUGAAGACAAAAG